CAAGAAAACAAGUCGAUCGCCACCCCAGCAAAACCAACGUGAAAACAUCCUCAGCUGAUUUUCUCCUUUUCCUCUCAUCUCUCUCCUCUCCCUUCCUCCACCAUUCCUCAUAAUUCCACUCCCCUUUCUGUCCUCUCAAAAGGUAGAGAAUGGUCAAACCCCACCCCGGUGGGCCCCACACCUUUCCACCUCCCAUCCACCCUUAAAACCUCUCCCAUCCUUCAUCACCCCUACUUUUAAACUCUCUAACAAUUCUCUCCCUCCCCCCCCCCUCUCUCUCUCUCUUAGUCGUUGAAUCAGAUCAAGAAGAAGAAGAAGAGAUGAUUAAUCUGCUUUUCAGUCUCCUAUUCGCCGAAGCGGCCCUGAUCGUGCUCCUCUUAGUGAAGACCCCGCUUCGGAAAUUGGCGAUCAUGGGGUUGGAUCGGGUCAAGCGCGGGCGCGGGCCCGUGAUGGUGAAGACGAUCUCCGCCACGGUCUUCAUCGUGUUCGUUUCAACCGUCUACAGCAUUGUGAACAUACAGAAGCGAUCCAACGAAGCUGGCGCCGUCACCACCACGGAUGAGAUUCUCAUGGGCAGGCAUCUCCUAGAAGCGUCGCUGAUGGGUUACUGCUUGUUCCUUGCACUGGUAAUUGACCGGCUACAUCAUUAUAUGAGGGAAUUGCGUAUGACACGGAAAAGCAUGGAGGCUGCAAAGAAGCAGAACAGGGAUAAGAGCGAAAGUGGAAAAGGCGGGGGCUUGGAUGAGAAAGCAUUCGAGGAAGAAGUUUCCAGUCUGCGGGCAAAGGUUAAGCAGCUGGAAUCAGAAGCCGAGACAAGAGACAAAGAGGCGAAGACUGCAGAGGCUAAUGCCAUGGCUCUAAGGAAACAGUCUGAAGGUUUCCUCCUUGAAUACGACCGUUUGCUGGAGGACAACCAAAACCUUCGCAACCAGCUGCAGUCACUUGACCGGAGAUUGUCACACUCUGAUAGCAAGAAGAACACAUAAGGCUGCUUCACGCCACCUUCUUUUAUCUUUUUGUCUUUUUUUUUUUCCUUCUUUACUGGUAUUUUGUGCUGAUGAUUUUAUUUCGUACUUGGAGAAAUCUAAUCUGGCUUGUGUUUUGGCGA